UUUUCUUCCUGAAUGUUUCUUCAGCUUCUUCAGUGAUGGAAGGGAAAUACUUUUGAAGUUAUAAUGGAUUUUACACAACAUCAUAACAAAAACUGGCCUAAUAACAGCAUUUCUGUUUGAAGAGAACAAGCAUAAUUACAAAUAAUCAUGACAACUUCUCAUAUGAAUGGACAUAUCACAGAAGAUUCUGACAGUGAAGCAAAAAAUGUGGAUCUUGCAUCUCCUGAGGAAUCUCAGAAGCACAGAGAAAUGGCUGUUGAUUGCCCUGGGGAUUUGGGCUCCAGGAUGAUGCCCAUGCGGCGGAGCGCUCAGCUUGAGCGAAUCCGUCAGCAGCAGGAGGACAUAAGGCGCAGACGGGAGGAAGAGGGAAAGAAACAAGAACUGGACCUUACUGCUUCCAUGAGGCUAAAGAAACUAGCACAAAUUCCUCCUAAAACUGGAAUAGAUAAUCCAAUAUUUGACACAGAAGAAGGAAUUGUUUUGGAGAGUCCUCAUUACACUGUGAAGACACUAGAAGUGGAAGAACUGUUAACUUCUCUUAAGCAUAUCCAGCACGUUUUGGUAGACCCUCAGAGCCAAGAGGAUAUCUCUCUCAUUUUACAGCUUGUUCAAAAUACUGAUUUUCAGAAUGCAUUUAAGAUACACAAUGCUGUUACAGUGCACAUGAACAAAGCCAGCCCUCCAUAUCCUCUCAUCUCCAAUGCACAAGAACUAGCGCAAGAGGUACAGAGUGUUUUGAAACCCAGUCACCAUAAGGAUGGGCAGGAGCUUAAUGCUUUGCUGAAUGCCCCUCACAUGCAGGCACUUUUACUGGCUCAUGAUAAGGUUGCAGAACAAGAAAUGCAACCAGAGCCUCUGACAGAUGAAAAAAUUUAUGAAAACAUUGGCGUGUAUGGAGGGGAGACGGUUAAAAUAGUUCGCAUUGAGAAAGCUCGGGAUAUUCCAUUGGGUGCUACUGUUCGCAAUGAAAUGGAUUCUGUUAUCAUUAGUCGAAUAGUAAAAGGAGGUGCUGCAGAGAAGAGUGGGCUGUUACAUGAAGGGGACGAAGUUCUGGAGAUUAAUGGCAUUGAGAUUCGUGGAAAAGAUGUUAAUGAAGUUUUUGAUUUGUUGGCUGACAUGCAUGGUACUCUGACCUUUGUAUUGAUUCCCAGUCAGCAGAGCAAGCCACCUCCUGCAAAGGAGACAGUU